AUGGAGCAUAUCAAAACCAAGUUCAGUCCUAAUCUCAUGGUUGCGGCGGCAACUUACAAUGCCACGAGCAAGUUUGUGAUAAACCCAUUGUCGGAACGAAGCCCGAAAGUCUUCAUUAGAGACCUAGGACCAUCGAUCAGGCGUCCAUUCAACUUUGCUCAGGCCGCACUACCCCUUAUGUUGAGCGGGGACAAGGGGCGGUACCCUCCCACGGUUAUCUUCACCGGUGCCAUGGCCUCACUCAAAGGAAAUUCUGGACUUUCCACGUUUUCUACGAGCAAGUUUGGCGCUCGCGCUAUAGCUCAGUCUCUGACGCGUGAAUUGGGGCCCUACGGUGUCCAUGUCUCUCAUAUCAUUAUUGACAGGAUCACCAACACCGAGAAGACUAAAUGCUAUGGCCAAGAAAUUCCAGAUGCAAAAACUCGAUCUGCAGGGUGUAAGUAG